CAGCACCCCAAAUUCUGAAACACAAUUAGUUACUCUCUUUCUACAAUUAUUCCUUACAGAGAGACGAAAGUUAGGAAACCAAUGGAAAUAGAGAGUUACGAAAAGGAGUUAAGAAAAGGAGAAACAAAUUGCCAAACAACCCGAAAAUGAUGGCUGACGUGGACGCUUGGUGAUUUAUCUGCGCUUCAUCAUCUGACGGCCCACAUUCACUCCCACCUUCUAUUAAUCUCGCCAGAAAUCGACUCAAGUCUCACUCACUUUUCUGUUUCCCACACACAAAGGCACACACUCGAGUGUGAGAAAUCAAUUUGAACCAAACACAUGACGCUGGGCAAGCGCGGCCAGCCGGUUUUCAGGACGACGGCGACCACGGCGGGUGUCACGUUCGACGUCGGGGUCCCCGAGGUGGCGGCGCCGCCCAAUCAGCUGGCGGCGAUGGUCGGAAGUGAAUCUAGCAGCGGGUACAACGGCUUGCUGCCGCCGAGGUACUUGGGGAAGAGCUUUUCCGGCGGCGGCGAGCAUUUCGAGACGGCUGAUUUCUUAAAGAUCUGCGGCCGCUGCCACCGCCGCUUGGCCUCCGGCCAUGAUAUCUAUAUGUAUCGGGGUGACAUUGCAUUUUGUAGCCUAGAUUGUAGAGAGCAACAAAUGAAGCAAGAUGAGAGAAAAGAGAGAGUUGCAGGCAUGGCCAGAAAAGGGGAAAGCCACUUGCCGGAAAUGGCAGCUACAGCCACCGGAGCUAGCACAAGGGCAUCGACCACAACAGAUGUAGCCAGCUUCUAAUACACAUAUAUUUUACAAGCAUAUAUAUAUGCUUGGUAAUGGAUCAAUAUUGUAUAUAUGAAAUGGUACUGGCUUAAGGAAGUAGAUGUUGUAAUGGUAUUAUAAUGAUGGUAGAGUGUUAAGUGCAACAAAGAGUAGUUUUUGUAAUUUGAUGGUAGAUAGUAGUAAGCAGAACAAGACUAUUAUAUCUCCCAAGAUAUAUUGAUGUGGAAAUUAAAACUAAGUGCAAGAUAAGUGGUAUUUGGUUUGUGUUUCUACCGUGAAUUUGCAAUGCAUUUGCUAAUUUUGAGGUCAAAUGGGGGUUAAUUUGGGUUUUUAUUGCUCCACUUUGUUGACCGGUCCAAGUAGUCACAAGAACUUGAUCCUAGAAUGGUUGAAUGAUGAUUGAUGAAAAUUGAUUGCUUUUAUUUUUAUUAUUAUUGGAAUAGUUUACGCAAUUGUUGGAAGUUGGAACAUCAUGAACUUAGGUGGAAAUUUACAUUUCUUGUAAAGAUAAAAU